UGCAGUUCCUCUGUAAUAUAUUGCUUUCCUUCCCUUCUGUUUUAGCUUGAUUAGGAGACAGCUUCUUUUUAGUGUUAUCUGCAGACAUAGCAGAAAACGAUGACAAACGCUCUGCUUUUGGCUUUAAUAACUUUACAUCAGAUGCUGCUAAAUGUUUUGCUGGAACAGACUGAAACAAUCUGUGUGCCCAGUGCUUGCUACACAGUACAUAUAAGAGAUGCAUCAGUGAAUUUUGACACUGCUCAGAGAGAAUGCCACUCAAACGGAGGCAAUCUAAUAACAAUAAAGACUGCAGCUGAGGCUGUACAUGUCCAGUCUUUACUCAACAACAUCUCCUUUAGUGACCACACUGCUGACUCACAUGAUCUGUGGAUAGGAUUGUAUCUUCCAGUGAAACAAUGUUACCAGGAGCACAAACCACUGAAAGGCUACAUCUGGAUCUCUGGUGGUGAGGAAUCCGACUAUUCCAACUGGCAGAAAGAGCCUACAAAAUCCUGCACUACAAGGAGGUGUGUUAUCCUCACUUACAACUCUGAAAAGUCUGACAAGAACAUGAAGUGGUCCGAUGUCUCAUGCAACAAAAUGUUAAAAUACUUCAUGUGUAAGUUCAGUUUUAAAGGUAUGUGUCAAAGGGUUGCUUUGGGUGGACCAGGGAAAGUAACUUAUACAACCCCUUUUGCAACAGAAAGUGCUUCCUUAUUAUUAGUGCCAUUUGGAUCUAUAGCAAUGGUGUCCUGCACAUCUAAUAAUCCUGAUGUGGAUAAGACUUAUAUAUGCAGGGAAUCACAAGAAACAUUCCACUGGUCUGCAUCUGGGCCAUUGUGUGCAACUCCAGAAUAUGGAUGUACUUUUAACAAUGGGGGGUGUAGUCACUCUUGUAAAGAAACUGAAGGUGGUCAAUUUAUAUGUGAAUGUCCUGAUGAUUACCAACUAGCCGAAGAUCAAAUUACUUGUCUCCCAUGGAACUAUUGUGAACCUAAUCCCUGUGAGCAUGGCUGCAUCAGUUUUAACAAUACAUUUCAAUGCAUUUGCCCAAAAGGCUAUCAUCUAACUGGCAACCAGAAGAACUGCAGUGAUGUAGAUGAAUGUGCUAGUAAGCCUUGUGACCAUCUCUGUAUCAAUACAGAGGGCAGCUUCCACUGUCAGUGCAGUGCUGGGUUUAAAUUUGUUAAUACACAAUGCCAAGACAUUGAUGAGUGUGCCAGAUCACCCUGUGUUCAGGGCUGCAUGAAUACCAUUGGGAAUUUUAUUUGCUACUGCUAUGAGGGUUUCAUAAUGGCAAGUAAAGAUCAGUGCAUUGACAGGAACGAGUGUGAAAAAAACCCUUGUGAGGACAUGUGCUCAAACCUGAAUGGCAGCUUUAAGUGUUCCUGCAGGGAAGGAUAUGCCCUGGCACCAAAUGGUAUUUCUUGUGUUCCUCACCAUAAAUCAACCACCAUGACUAGUAGACCAAGGUUAAGUGGAAAUGUGUUGCCUAACUCACAUCACACAGGUGAUCAAUCUGAGCAGACCAUUCUCACAGUAAGUGAGGUACAGAACUCUGUAACCCACUCAGCGGUCUCACUUAAACCUGUUCCAUCUGAUGAGAAUGCCUUUGGAACUAUGCCUUAUAGCACUGUAGCAGGUGAGCCUGACGCAAGUUUGCUGACCACAGACAGCCUGUUAAAACAUGCUCCGCAGUCUCAGGGACAUAAGUUACUACUACCUAUUGUUACAAGCAGCGCUGUACUUCUGCUUGUCGUCUGUGCAGUUUGUUUACUGAUAUGUAUUAGACUGAGGAAGAAGAGGAAAACUAAAGGCAAUGACGUAAAAAAAAGUGCAGCCGAUAAUUAUUACUGGAUGCCAGGUCCAGGAUAAAUACCAUGUCAGACUGACACAUGCUGUUAUAUAGUAGCACCUGCUAUGCUGUCAUCCUAUCUUCAGGUGGGAAUACUCAAUGCAGCCGAGAAACCAAGUGAGAGAGACAGCUAGCAGUGUGAUCAUUCUAUGUCAGGCAGAACUGAAUGACACUAUGAAACGCAUGCUGUAUAGAGACAGAAUGGCAUCUAAAUUUCAAUCAUACAUUUUCUAUAGUAAUUGUCUAAAUAACAAUGUCAUACUGUAUGAAAUGUUACAAGAGAGCAAUUGUUACUCCUUUCUCAUGUACCCCACAUCAGUCCCUCACAGUACUCUGUCUGCUACCUGGGUUACUGGUGCAAAAGUCAGGGCUUUAUUCCUCUUUGCCAAAGAGGUAGCAUAAGGCAAUCAUAUUCAUUGUAUUCUAGUAGGCAUCCUUACUAUUUCUUUGUAAUACAUAGGCUUUGGUGAAUCACCUAGAAUAAGAGUUAUUCAGUGUUUUGUAUCCAAAAAGAUAGGUGGUGGAGAAAAUCUGUGCCUGUAAUGUCAAUGAAAUUGGAUUUGGACGUAUACUUUUGGUGAGAUGACCACUGACUCUACACUUAUUGCCUAAAUUCAGUGCAAUUUAACCACUUAGUGUUAAUGUUUUUAAUUAAUAAUCUACCAUAGUAAGAUUUGUUAUCCCUGCUUUUGAUUGCAUGAGUUUUUGUUACCAGGCAUUCUUCACCAGAGUGGCAUAUUCAUCAAGGUAUGAUUCAUUAUCCCUGAUUUUACUUACAUGAAUUUUUGCUGCCAUACAUUCUUUACCAGAGUGGUGCACUUCUGAGUUUCUGCCUUCUUUCUGUCUUCUCUAAUUAUUUUAAAGGUCCAUAACUUACUGUGCUGCUUAAUGGCUUAAAGAAGUGAGCUGCAAAUUAAUUAUAUACUUUUGAUCUGAACUUUAUACUUAAAGUCUCUGUUGUACUACAACUCUAAGCAAAUCUCCUGACUGCAGUCACAACCUGCUGCGGCUAGUUCAUUUUAUCAGACAAGAAAAGAAGAAAGUAAACAACAGAUCAGUGACACACCUUUUCAGCUGUCAAGCAAACACAAAGUUUAUGACCUGGGUACAGCAGAAACGCAUUCAGUGGAAAACUGGCUGGAAGUAAUGUCUGAUAGUAGUUCACCAAGUCUCUGCUUUUUAAGUCUUAAAAAACACAUAGGACAGAGGAAACUGAAGAAGAAUAAGACAUAGCCCUGAAAAAAUCAUGCCCAUUGUACCAUAUUUGCCUUUUAUCUAUUAAUCUACAUUGCCUUGUUGCUGUUUUGUGUGCUUUCAGGUAUUGGGUGAUCUUUAUGACUAGGUGUGUUAUAUGUAAGCUUAAAAUAUUAAAAUGCAAUUUUGCUAUGCAACAUUAAAAUAGAUUUUGGACAUCA